CUAACUCGCACCCCGGAUUGUUUGGUUCGUAUCCCUGGUAGAAGUGUAACUAUCAAUCCUAUGCCCCAACGAAAUCCGGGCUGGGUGAGAUACGUUUGACCCCCACGGCGAUGGCAAACUCCAACCGCUUUUAAACAGCUCUGACUUCUUCCCAAAUUCAAACCCACAGGCGAUGCUCCAUUCCUCUGUUACAAGCACUCUGCACAAUUCCACCAUCAAAAUGCGAACAUCCCUCGCUGCUCUGCUGCUUUGGGGCGUCAGCCCCCUCGCCUCGGUUGCCUUUGCCAAGGUGUGCUCCUACGGGGAUAACCCGCAAAUCAUCGCUCAUGCUGGCGAGCCGGUGGGAAGGGAACAGAUGUACAACGGAGUCAACCUGUACAUCUCCAAGCCAAGCUGUAAGAAACCGAAGGUGGGCGUCUUGUACAUUACGGACGUGUUUGGCAUCCAGCACGUGCAGAAUAAGCUCCUCGCCGACUCGUUCGCCCGCGCGGGCUUCAUGGUUGUCGCCCCCGACAUGUUCGACGGCAAACCAGCGCCUAUGGACUUCAACACGCCCGGUUUCAACGCAACAGAGUUCACCCUCAAACACAGCCCCAACGCGACAGAUCCCAUCCUCGCCAAGGCAGUGGCUUACCUGCAGACGACGGGCGUCGAGAAGAUCGCCGCGACAGGAUACUGCUACGGCGGCCGCUAUGCGUUCCGCGUGCUCGCCGCCGGCAAGGGCGUCGACGCCGGCUUUGCCGCACACCCCAGUCUGCUUGAGGACGUUGAGAUCCAAGCCAUCACACGUCCCAUCAGUGUUGCUGCUGCUGAAAUCGACAACAUGAUGAAUUCCACGAGGCGCUCCCAGAUUGAGGCCUUGCUCGCAAACGGAACCCAGCCGUAUCAAGUCAACUUGUAUGGCGGCACCUCACAUGGAUUCGGCGUGCGAGCCAAUGUUUCGAACCCGGAGGAAAAGUUUGGCAAGGAAGCUGCUUUCUACCAGGCCGUGAGGUGGUUCGAUGCUUGGGCUGGCGGCGCGUUGUGAUGGGGCACCCUUUGUGUGUCGAGUGCCAGUGGGUGUUCCUCGAGUCCCUUCAGCUUAGAGUCACAGCUUUUCCGUAGACUUCUAAGUCGCGCAUUUCUGAGCCUGAUGACAACAUGGUGCUAGUUCAUAUAACUUGCGGUAUUGACUCUGUGGUGCUAUUCGCAGUCGGCUUUAUCCUGCCCAAGAUCCGUGAGGUCAUCACUGAGCUGGAGGCAUAUUGGACCAGGGAACCGUCAAGAGCUCUAAAAGUUCGGCUGUAUCCUUCCUACCUCUGUUCAUAAGAAAACCUUAACUAGUAACUUGCCGG